AUGCCACCAACAAUCGCAUGCAGCAGGUCCGCGAGCAGCUGUGGUUCUGUGAGAAGUGCUUGGGACUGCCUAGAUGAUCGGUUGACUCAAUUCCAUCCUUGCCUGCGCCGGAUCCUCAAUGACCCCAGGUACUACUGCUCCUGCUAUAAGAGUAUUGUGCACAAGAAAGUGCAGAAGCAUGGCAGGAAGAUCCUCUCCCAGAGUGUCCUGCACAGUACUGGCUACUGUGGUCUUAGAGACCAUGUGAUUCUCUCAGCGCAUGUCGUGUCUCACUUUAAAGAUGCCAUUGACUCACUGGCCGGCAUUGAUGGCAUGACGUUGAAGUAUGGGACUAUUGUGUAUGCCCAGAAGGUCUUGGUUCCUGAACUGCUGAAGAUGUUGAUUCAGGACAUGGGAUUCAAUGCCAAAGGGGCCUGCUGA